AUGUCGCUCGUCUCGGGUGAAAAGACGAGCUUCCAGUUCAUCUUACGUCUCCUCAACACGAACGUGAAGGGUGAGGAGAAGGUUAUGUACGCCUUGACCCGAAUCAAGGGUGUUGGACGACGAUACUCCAACUUGGUCUGCAAGAAGGCCGAUGUCGACCUGAACAAGCGCGCCGGUGAGCUCACUUCGGAAGAGCUCGAGCGAAUCGUUACCAUCAUCCAGAACCCCACGCAAUACAAGAUCCCCAGCUGGUUCCUCAACAGACAGCGCGACAUUGUCGACGGCAAGGAUUCUCAGGUCCUCGCCAACGGCGUUGACUCCAAGCUCCGUGACGAUCUCGAGCGCCUGAAGAAGAUUCGCGCUCACCGUGGUCUUCGUCACUACUGGGGUCUCCGUGUCCGUGGACAGCACACCAAAACGACCGGCCGCCGCGGUCGCACUGUCGGUGUCUCCAAGAAGAAGGGUGGCUAA